AUGGCAACGAUCCUCCUCUAUUCAUCCCGUGCAGCUGCACAGGGCUGCUCGACUGUUUACGGGCAAUGUGGUGGGACCGAGUGGACAGGCUCUACGUGCUGUGCCACCGGUUCCAGCUGCCAGUAUAUGAACGACUUCUAUUCUCAAUGUCUACCCUACCUAGGAAAUCCUGAUUGCAGCGCUACCUAUGGACAGUGUGGAGGUAUCGGAUGGACUGGUCCGUCCUGUUGUCAGUCGGACUGGACUUGCCAAUACGACAAUGACUACUACUCCGAGUGUCGAAUACCGGUAGACACUUCGAGCCCGACUUCAGCAGCAUCAACUACCACAGCAACUUCGACAACCUCUUCCACCUCCACGGCCACAACUCCCUGUGCCACCAACUGGGGUCAAUGUGGCGGCAUCAACUGGGUAGGCUCUACAUGCUGCACUGACGAUUGGCCCUGCGCAUACAGCAAUGACUAUUACUGGCAAUGUAUCCCACCACCGCCUGCGAGCGAGCUCUCAUCGACAAGCACAAUUCCUUCUCCCACCACGUUCUCAACCGUGCCGACUCCAAUCACUUCAAUAACCACCACUUCAGAGAGCAGCGGCACGGCAACUGCAACUGCAACAACCACUUCAUCAAGCCCCUCGUCUACUAGUACAGGCACACAUGUUCGGUAUGGUGGAGUCAACAUCGCCGGGUUCGAAUUUGGCUCAUACGACACUUGUGGAAUUCAUACGUCGCCACCUUACGUGGACGCGACGAACUAUAUCGCACAGAUCAACCAUUUCGUUGACGAUGAUGGGUUGAACGCUUUCAGACUUCCCGUCUCAUGGCAAUAUCUGAUCAAUCAAUAUGACGGAGGGUCCCUCGCCAGCAACACUCUUGACCAAACCAACCUUGCAACCUACAACACAUUAGUCCAAGGGUGCCUCGAUUCUGGUGCAUCACUCUGCAUCGUUGACAUCCACAACUAUGCCCGCUUCAACGGCAUGAUCAUCGGCCAGGAUGGUCCGUCGGCGGCCGAAUUUGCCAGUCUGUGGAGUCAGCUAGCCACGGUGUACGCUUCAGAGAGUCGCGUUGCGUUUGGCUUGAUGAACGAGCCUCACGACGAAUCUUGCCAGUCAUCCGACGGCGGUGUCAUCGACAUCGACACCUGGGCAGCGACUCUCCAGGCCGCUGUCAACGCCAUCCGGCAGGCUGGAGCUACGUCUCAACUGAUCCUUCUCCCCGGCAAGGGCUGGACCCAUUCAAUUACAUACCUGCCCACAAACUCUGAUGGGUCUGGACCGGCGCUGAUGGGCAUCACAGACCCAGCUGGGGGGACUUCAAAGCUGGUGUUCGAGGUGCACGAGUACCUUGAUUCCAAUGACUCUGGUGGCAACAAUGAAUGCGUCACGAACAACAUCGACACCUCGUACGGCAGAGCGGGACUGUCUAACUUGGUCGACUAUCUCCGAUCUAACGGGCGUGUUGCCUUGUUGACGGAAACGGGAGGAUUGAACGAUGCCAAUUGUGCCACGCUUCUCUGUCAGGAGCUGAGCUUCCUUAAUAGCAACGCCGACGUCUUCCUGGGAUACACCACCUGGGCAGCUGGUGGGUUUGACUCGAGCUAUGAAUUGACAGAAACUCCUACCCUGAGUGGGAACACGUGGAGCGAUACCCUUCUGGUCCAGAGCUGUGUGGCACAGUGCUUUAAUGGGAUAUGCUGA